AUGUCGCUUUCUGUAUUAACAUUUGUCCAAACAGAUUCUGAGCAGUCUCUCGCGAUUCUAUCAACGCUCUCGCUCUUCGCUUUCAAAACAUGCCUCAAAUUCGCACCGGUGAUGGCGGAACCAGUUAAUCAUCACGUCCUGGUGAUAGAGAACCCAAAUGGAAGGAGGAAAUGUGAUUUGGAGAGCCCUGCGCAUAGCUACGAAGAACCGCAUCGUAUAACCCUGGGUUACGAAUGCCUGAAGUCACCAAACAUUGACAUGAUGAUUAUGAGGGCACUCGGAUUACCCUUUGAGCACAAUCGGGCUAGUAGAGAUAUCUUUGUAGAAGUGCUGUUUGAGAACAUAGAACCAGGUUUGUAA